AUGCGAACCCUGACUCAGAACCUUCACGACGACUUGACAGGUGUGGCCUGGACCGAGGAGGACUUCGAGCAGAGCCUGGAGAGGGCCCGAAACCUGUGGAGGGAAGUGUGGCCAGAGGCUAGCAUCAAAUUUCAGCGUGGCAAAUCCACAGAGGCUGCCCCUCCACCAGGUCUACCUCCACCCCGGUCAAUUGGGCCCAUUGCCACAGCACCAAUUGGGUCAAUUGCGUCAAUUUCGUCAUCUUCUGCCAGUGGCAGCAAGCCCCCGGCUGCCAAGCCCAUGCCUCGGCCUCCUUCAAAACCUACCAGGCCAGCUCCCAAGCCAAAGGAGAGGGAGGCAAUUAAGGAGGAAGGGCCACAGGAAGAGGCAGUAAAGACUGAGGGCGCAGACGUCAAGAAAGAGGAGGAGGUCACUGCGGCCCCAGGGUUUGGGCUUGUGGAUGAGCUCCAGGCCAUGACCCCAGCACAGAAGAAGGCGAAGCUCAGCCAGCCCUAUGUGCGGGAGAUGAUCCAGCAGCAGAUUACCUUCUUGCAGAGCUUGCUUGACAGUGAUCUUGAAGGUGGUGAUGGAUGGGAGGAGGUGUUGACUGAGCUCCUGGACGACUACAACAUCAACCAGGGUGUGCGCAGCAUGAUCCGCAAUGCCAAGGUCUCCAGGAGCCACAAGAUCAAGCUCAUGAUGAACAUGUUGCUGCGCUGGGGGAGCAAGUUCGAGUCAAAUGACUGGUUGCGCAACGCAAUUCGCAACUUGGCUUGA